AUGGGCGUACUACAACCUCGUGGUCGCCGCGACUCGCGCACCUCGGUUAUGUCCCGCCGCAAUUGGGGGUUCGACCGCGAUCUCGACGUCGCCAUUGCGCCAGAGUCCCUAGUGGAACACGCCAAUGCCAACUUGGGCAGCUCUCCCGGGGCCGGUCUAGAGGCCUCAAGCUAUAAUGGCUCCAGCUUGAGGACCCCCAGUCGAUCGUUUUACCACCGCUCCUUCAACACACCUACUGACUCAGCCCACUAUGCAUCAGAUGGGCUCCGCGAACAAACGGCCGAACUAGCGAUUUACGGGUUGUCGCUCAAUAAAAAGCCCUCGCGCGGGAGAACGAGUUUACCUUCCGGUCUCGACAUUUUCCGCAGCCAGCUUCAACACUCCCCGUCAGUGUCGCAUGAUGGGUUGGCGAGCUCUCAUCCCACGGUGGGAGAGGACUCGUUAGAUUCGCGUUCUGUGCUCCCCGAUCCGACGUCUGCCUCUGCCUCGUCGGCCUUGACAGAAAUGAUCCGCCAGCCUGCUGCCACCGUGGCUGACGAUGCCAAGCCGAUCGAAGAGACUGCCUUUUCACCACUGUCGACUAUCGACGAUGAAUCUGAACCCCGCGAUACGGAACGUACCUCGUUGCUGUCCAAAACGAGAUCCAAGCCUCUGCAUCGUUAUGGCUCAAUCGGAGAUAUCGAGAGUCAGGGAGGUGCCGUUCGACGGGCAUCGAAUGCCGUCACCCAGAGCAUUUCAGCGGUUGGCAAAUGGUCUCGUGUAGUGUCGAAUCCUAAGGCAUGGGACCGGCGUGCCAUUUGGCAGGAAGGAGUAGUGUAUCCCGUCAGCCUAAUUCCUGCCGUAGUUCUUGGUCUUCUCCUGAACAUUCUCGAUGCCUUGUCUUACGGAAUGAUUCUGUUCCCUCUUGGAGAACCGCUCUUUUCCCACCUCGGCGUGGACGGUAUUUCAAUGUUCUAUGUCAGUACAAUCAUCUCCCAAGUGGUUUUCUCCUGUGGAGGCUCCAUAUUCAAGGGAGGCAUUGGCAGUGAAAUGAUUGAGGUGGUUCCUUUCUUCCACCAAAUGGCAUUUACCAUCAUGAACAGAGUGGGCAAAGAGAAUCCGCAAUCAGUCAUCGCUACCACGAUUCUUGCCUUUUCAGUCAGCUCUGUCCUGACCGGCCUGGUAUUCUUCCUAAUGGGCGUCUGUGGCUUGGGCUCAUUGAUCGGGUUCUUCCCUCGUCACAUCUUGAUCGGCUGCAUCGGUGGUGUGGGCUACUUCCUUCUCCAAACCGGAGUCGAGGUCUCUGCCAGACUCCCCGGUUCUCUUGAAUACAACAUCGGCACGCUACAAAAGCUAUUCCAGCUCGACACCGUCGCCCUUUGGACGAUACCCCUUUUCCUUGCAGUCGCUCUUCUCGUUUUGAAGCGUUUUAUUCGGUCGAAUUUCCUUGUCGGCGCCUACUUCAUUGGUGUGGGUGCAGUGUUUUACAUUGUCAUUCUCAGUGCUCGGAUUUCGAUGGAUACACUGCAUCAGAAGGGAUGGGUGUUUAAUGCCCCGUCAUCUAACAAUCCGUGGUACCACUUUUAUACCCUCUAUGACUUUUCCGCGGUCAAUUGGACUGCCUUUGCCGAUACUAUUCCCGCCAUGUUUGCGUUGACUUUCUUCGGUGUACUUCACGUGCCCAUCAAUGUUCCAGCCCUGGGCAUUUCGACUGGAGAAGACAACCUCAACGUGGACAGAGAGCUCAUGGCACACGGCGUGACCAAUGCCUUGUCGGGCUUCGCGGGUAGUAUUCAAAACUAUCUGGUGUACACAAACAGCCUUCUCUUCAUCGCUAGCGGUGGAUCGUCGCGAUUGGCUGGUCUCAUGCUCGCCGCAGCGACAGCUGGCAUCCUAGUCAUUGGGCCUGUCAUCAUUGGUUUCAUUCCAGUGAUGGUUGUAGGUGCAUUGAUCUUCCUGCUGGGUAUUGAACUUUUGCAGGAAGCGCUGGUGGAUACAUGGGGCAAACUCUCGCGACUUGAAUAUCUGACGGUUGUUAUUAUUGUGGUGACCAUGGGUGCUGUAGACUUCGUCAUGGGAAUUCUGGUCGGCAUCAUUCUGGCUUGCGUCAACUUUGUCGUUCAAACGUCUCGCAAGUCUGCUAUUCGUGCGACCUUUUCUGGCGAGAUUGCCGGAUCCACCGUCCGUCGUCCGCCUAUCCAGCAACAAUACUUGCAUGAAGCUGGGCAGCAAACUCUCAUCAUGAAACUUGGCGGUUACCUCUUCUUCGGAACCAUCGUCAACGUCGAAAAUACCAUGCGAGGCCUGAUCGAAGAGGAGGCUUUCAAUCGGCAGCCCAUCCGAUUCCUGAUCCUAGAUUUCUCCAGGGUCUAUGGUCUCGAUUUCUCCGCAGCCGAGGCAUUCACGCGUAUCAACCGUGUGCUUCGCAAACGCAAUGUACAAACCACCAUCUCCGGCCUGAACGUCGAAGGCGAGGUGGGCAAGUCCCUUCAGAACGUCGGCCUCUUCGAACCCGAGUCCGGCGUACCGAUCUUCGAAGAUCUCAACUCGGCUCUCGAGUUCUGCGAAAACGAUUACCUCAAGAUCUUCUACAAUCGCCAGGAAGCCCUGUCCCGCACGCCAAUCGAAUCAUCUACUCCCAACACCACCAACUCCCUUCAAGUCCCACUCCCGGUCCCACAGAUCCCUAGCGCCAGUCUCUCCGACAACAUGGUCAGCUCCCCACGCGGCCAAUACCUCCAACGCGUGGCAACCACCACCCUCCGCGAACACGAACAAACAACGGCCUUAGUGGCCGCCCCAGCCUGGUCCUCAAUGCGCCAACCCCUCCCACUCGUCCUCCAAACAUUCCAAGGUCUCUCAACCCAAAACGAAGACUUUUGGUUCCCCGCCUGCACAUACUUCUCCCGCGAAUCCUACCCAGCAGGAACAGUCCUCUACCACGAAGGCGACAUCCCUCGCGCCUUCUACCUCCUCGAAUCCGGCAUGUUGCGCGCAGAGUACGAUCUCCCGCAGGGCCGGUACUUCGAGCUGGUCGUUGCCGGCCGGCCGUGCGGCGAAUUGCCGUUCUUCAGUGAUACGCGGCGCACGGCAACUGUCAAGGCGGAACAUGAUUGUGUGGCGUGGUGUUUGAGUGAUGAGCGGUGGAAGGCGUUGCAGGAAGAUGAGCCCAGGAUUGCCAGGGAGUUGCUUACUGUUAGCUUGAAGUUGACGACUGAGAGGAUGGAUAGUAUUACUUCAUACGUACUUACGAUGGCUGCUUGA